AUGUUCAAACUUCUUCCCUUGCACCAUUCGUUCCGCGCUUCGCUGCAAGGCCCGUUACUUCGCAAUGCCUUUUUGUCGGGCCUUAUACUGUACCCCAGUCUAUACCUGCGCUUUCCGAUCUGCUUGUUGCCUUCAUCACCCGAUCACACCCGCUCGCAUCUCGUCGCACAUUUUGUCCCAACGAUUGAUUCAACCAAUUCUACCAUUCCUUUAGAUAAUGUUUGGGAUACAUACAAUAAGAUAUCUAUGCACAGUGCAGUACAGUGCCGUACAUCGUACAGGAACCACAAAAAGCCCACAGAUGCUCUUACAUCUCCGGGGUUGAAGAGGUGCCCAGACUAUUCCACCACUCCCCACUUUGUAGAACACCUGACGAAACAGCUUUUUGCUCGCACGACCCCUCUGUCAGCUCUGAUAUCUUCCCAUCUUUCUCCGAUUGCUUAUAUUAGUCUUUCAGCGAUCGCACACGGCCUCGCACUCCUCUUCCCAUCCGCCACCUUCACUUUCACCCCCUGCAUCUCCCCCUAUUUUUCUUGCUAUGGAGCCCCUUCAUCCCCGAACCACCUCCCCCGACGGCAACGACCCUAA